CAAUUGCAUUCUCUUUAUGAAUAGAACUGGAGGGUGGAAGGGUGAAGCGGAGAAGCGGAGGAGAUAAAGACUGCAUCAGACACACAGGAAACCAUUGGAUGUGGACAGGUGAAGAAGAGGUUAUCAGAUAGAUAAGGCAUGGAGUUAUCAGUUUUUCACUGUUCAAAGUGACCGUUGUCGCAAAAGAGAAUAUAGAGUGUUGCAACAAACAAUUUACCAGACGACCGUCAUUAUAGUUGAGGCUGAAAUUACUUCCAGGUGUUUGACUUGUGCUAGUAACAAUUGAAAUGAUGACCAAUAUGAAUGGGGACUCAGUCAGUAGUCAUUUUUGUUUUAUUUCAAAAUGUAAAAACUAUGGAAUGCCUAGCAAAAUACACCAUGCACUCAUUUUACUCUUGAAUAUCUUCACAACAGGUCAACAGUGUAAUAAUAUUCAAACAUGUCAGAGUAGGAUCAAAAGUUCACCCAUAACGUUCACCCAUUUACCCCAACCUCUGGGGUAAAUGAAUGCAUCAGUUGGCUAAGGUGAAAACAACAAAUGAUGAGAGACACUUUUUUGAUAAGGGUGAUAUUUGAUAUUUGGUUCUCUUUUUUGAGCUGUACACCACAGGGGAAAAUGAUCUGUUACAAACUAAACAAUUUCUUUGUUAUUUGCAUUUCCACCCAAUGGGAGUGGGGGCCCUCAGGUGUUGUGUAAUGUUUAAGCAGUGUAAGAAAAGAAGCCACAAACCAGUAUCGCAUUCACAGCUUAUGAUUAUGAUUCAGGCAUAAAUUAAAGGGUAAUUACCAUGCUUCUUAGAGAGUCUGGGGUACAUUUUACCCUCUGUUCAAUCUUGAAAACAUAUUUUGUACAACAGUCUUUUAAUGAAAACACAAACAUGUUCUGAACACAGAACAAAAUAAACAUGUUUGCUGAUAGGCGUAUUUCUGUGGAGUCCUAUUAAAUACCUUGUGCCACAAAUAGGAGGGUUGGGUAGGCGACCUGGCUCCUGCGCCUUUAAUUCCUUUCUAAACUCAGGUUGAGGGUGCCCAAGCCACGAUUCGUGCCAGUACCGCCACUGGAUGUCCAAAGGUUGGCGAGGCCGUGUGUGGACAGAUCUACUAUACACUGCUUAAUUUGUUAGUUUGACUGUUAGGGUUGGUCCUGAUACCUAAAGAAAACUCGGAGAGGGUUCGAGGAUUAGCUUUUUACUCGUUCGAAAAAAUGACUGAUUAAAAACUAAACUUUCUGAAGAGUUUGGGCUAAUCAUAAAAUAUCCCCACAUGGUUAGUAGUGCAGCUGAGUGUUUUAGCCGACGAAAUCCACUAAUCCAGAGAAAUAAAGAAACCUGCUGCGUGGUUAUUUUUGUAUGUUUUUUAUUCCGUGGACGUGACUCCCAAGUCGAAUUCCUGGAUUUUGUGCAUAAAGCGCAAAUGAAAGCUGUGUUAUCGCUGCCGUGUAAGGUAGGCUGGACGACUAAGGCGUAAGGAUCAAGUCUGUUGAGAGGCAAACUAUUUUGUGCAGUUUGAGGUGCGGCGGGGAGGAUCUGUGGCUUAGAGCCAUCACGGAGCUGCUGGAAGGAGAAGCAUUCUUCACCGUUAGGAGAGGGCGGAGGGACGGAGGAGAGGAGAGGGAGGGAGAGGUGAUCGGAGCAGGCACGUCGCACUAUCAACUGAAUCCAUCUUGGAAAACAGCUCGCAGGGAGUCAGAGCUCUGAACCGCGCAGGCAGAGGAAGAGUUGAACCUCCCGACUUUUACAGCGCACACGGACGGACGCAGCUGGCCGGGAUGGCCCGGGUCGGAUCAGGGGAGUGCGUCCUCACCGCGCGGAGACGGUGUCUGAGCGGGGAGCCGCGUUCCUCGGUCCCGGUGCGCCGCGGACUGUGCUGAGUGGAAGCGGUGUAGCUCACUCCCUUACUCAAACAAACGGUAAAAAAAAAAAAAAAAAAAAGAAGAAAAGUGCGGACGGGGUGAGAGCGGAGACUCAUGCUGGAUAAUAAUAUUAAGCUGUUCCGUGGAGUCGUCGGGUCCAAGCCGCCGAUCGGAGCCCUUUACGCACGGACAUACAGAAAGACCGCAUGAAGGACGGAGGCUUGGUGAGAGGGCAAAAGUUAAAUGCGGUUGCGGGGUUCGAGAUGGACACGGGAUCGCAAAAGGUCUCUGGAUCCGAAUGUCGUCCCCCGUGGGCUUUGCGGUGGUUUGGGACCAGCAGUGUGUGACGGACAGGCGAGCAAAGUCUGUGGCGGCCUUCUCCUGUUCGUCUUCAAAUUGGCUCCGGCUGAGCUCUGUGUGGAGCAGUGAGUGAAGGAUUCUGCUAUUGUUUGACAUCUCAGCAUGGAUGGAGUCGCCACCACAAAUGAGGCCGUCGCUCUUCAGCUGAGGACCGGCAUUUACAGGAUUACUGCCUUUGUUUCCAUCUCCAUUCCCAAAUAAUUGUCUUGUUGCAAGAGUUUCCUUAAGUGGACCUUUUUGCGGUGUUAGUUUUUUGGUGGAUACGUACAGGUUAUUGCCUUUUUUGAGGGGGUUAUUGUUUUAUUUUUGGUUUCCUUUUUGCCUUUUUUUGUUUUUUCUCACUAUGGAGUUUCUGGCUGGACCGUGGAAUAAAGAUUGGGCCUCAUUUUUGCAGUUUUGGUUGACUGUCAUCCUUAGCCUUCAAAUGCAGUUCAGCCCGAUUGCUUCUUGUCCCCAAGUGUGUCGCUGUGAUAAAGUGUUUAUAUACUGCAACGAACGCAGCCUGACAUCAGUGCCUCUGGGGAUAGGGGAGGGCUACAACAUCCUCUACCUACACAACAACCAGAUCAACAAUGCUGGCUUCCCUGUGGAAUUUCACAAUAUAGAAUCCAUAGAAGUUGUUUUUCUAUAUGGCAACCAACUGGAUGAAUUCCCCAUCAAUCUGCCCAAAAACACAAAAGCCCUGCAUCUUCAGGAGAACAACAUCCAAACAAUCUCUAGAGCAGCCUUGGCUCAGUUGAGUAAACUUGAGGAGCUGCACCUCGAUGAUAAUUCCAUUUCUACAGUGGGGGUGGAAGAAGGGGCCUUUAGGGAGGCGCAAAGCCUUAAGCUCCUUUUCCUCACCAAGAACCACUUAAGCAGUGUUCCUAUUGGCCUUCCUGAGGACUUGAAGGAGCUGCGGUUGGAUGAGAACCGCAUUGCUGUUAUUGCAGAGGAGGCUUUUCAGAAUGUGACACGCCUGCAGCGCCUUCUGCUGGACGGGAACCUACUGACGGACGAAGGCAUUGCGCCAGGGACUUUUAAGGAACUGGGCUCUCUUCGAGAACUGGCCCUGGCUAGGAAUUCCCUCACCUUUCCCCCACCCCUCUUACCCAGCCAGUCACUGGUCAAGCUCAGUCUCCAGGAAAACCUGAUCGACCAGAUCCCUGUAGCGGCCUUUGCAGACCUAAACAGGCUAGAAAAACUGGAUAUUUCCUCUAACCAGCUGCAGACUCUUACCCAGGGUGUGUUUGAUGGCCUGUCGAGCCUGAAGCACCUCAUAGUGCGCAGCAACCCCUGGCGUUGUGACUGCUCUGUGAAAUGGGUGGUGGUGUGGCUCAAGUCUUUGCCGUCUUCCAUCAACGCCAGGGGGUUUGUGUGUAACAGUCCAGAGAAGGUGCGAGGCAUGACAAUCAGAGAGCUCACGCUGGAUAUUAUUGAGUGCCCUAUUUUCCCUGACCAGACGCCUUGGCCCACCCUCCGCUCCACUCCUCCUCCCCCACCCACCACUGCCCCUAUUACCACCAUGACCUCCACCCUCAUUACCACAUAUAACCCUUACUACUUUGACUCCCCCUCCCCUCCCUUACCACCUGUUCAUAAUAACCCCCCUGGACCUCUUCCUCCCUAUGAGGAUCCCCUUCAAAUUUCCUUUCAUGUGGUCAACUCCACCAACAUUGAGGUGAGCUGGGCGUCCUAUUUCACAGUCAUGGCCUACAAAGUCACUUGGGUCAAAAGAAGCCAAAGCCAAAAUGAAGGGAUGCGGGAGAGGACAGUUAGUGGGGAUCGACGGCAUCUCAUCCUCACCAACCUUGAGCCACGCUCGGUCUAUCGGAUCUGCGUUCACGUUCUGGACACCCUCAACUCCUACAGGCCGGGAGAGGAUACAAUCUGCUCCGAGGCUAGGACCAAGGCACCCGCUUCCACUAAGUCUCCCGGGCGUGAGCAAGCCCCACCGGACAGCCUGAACUCCACGCUGCUCAUGGCUGGGAUUAUCGGCGGAGCAGUUCUCAUCAUUCUGGUCACGCUACUGGGCUUGUUCUGCUGGCACAUGCAUCGAAAGAGCCGGUCAUCCUCGACCCAGUGGAAAUACAACCGUGGCCGGAGAAAAGACGACUACUGCGAGGCAGGAACCAAGAAGGACAACUCCAUCCUGGAGAUGACAGAGACCAGUUUCCAGAUAGUGGCUCUGAACAAUGAGCAGCUGCUCAAAGGAGACUUCCGGAUUCAGCCCAUCUACACACCCAAUGGGGGCAUUGGAUUUAGAGACUGUCACCUCAGCAACAACAGCAUAGCCUACUGCAAGAGCAGCAACGUGCCCAGUACAGAGUUCUGCCACACAUGAUGCAGUAUUCGGAGGGACACAUACCAGAAACAACUGUUUAAAUACACACUCUUUGUGUAGAUGACAUCUAAAAAAAUACAAAAAUUCUAGUGAAAUAUAACUGUAACAUAUAUAUUUCCAAGAUCUGUCUACAAUGUAAUUUAUACUGUGGAUAAUUAUGUGGGAUUCUCUGCUAUCUUUUUUAUUCUUAGAAAAAAAAGAGAAGUGUUUUCUUUCUUUUUUUAUAACCUGCAGGGUUUUGAAAGUCAUCUCAAUGGUCAGUACUGUACAUGAACAUGGGUUUGUACAAUCACAGCACCCACGGUGUAGCUCUUGACAGACGUAGCGUCAGCCUCGGAAACAUAAGGGCCGCCUUAGAGGGCGGGGAUCCUUUGCUAACCACAGAAAAAAAUUAAUGCCUUUUCUGGUUAAAAAUCCUCACACCCCAAAAUUAUCAUCCCCCUCCAACCAGCCAACCCCACCAAUUGGAACAGAACAAGGGGAAUUACUGCUGAUUUGAUUUGUUGUAGGAAAUUUAUUACUGGUUGUUGUGAAAAAAAAACAAAAACCUGCCGCCUGGCAGGAAAUGAGCCGAGGUUGUAAUCGUAUGUCGGGGAUGGAGAAUGUCAUCCAUAGGUUGAUGUUGUAAUGUUGAAAACCCUGAAAUUUCCCCAAAAGUGCCACAACACUAAAAAGCGCCUUUGUUCUAUUGCUUUACAGAGGAGAUAAGGAUGGAUUAGUCAGGACACAAACAAAUUCUAGAAAAAGGAUGUGCUCUUUUCAGAAAAAUAAUGUGGGCUUAAAAGCAACAAAAUAUUGUAGUCUCUAAUGAGUUGUUUGGAUCCCCUGAGAAUUUUAAUUGUGAUUUGCUCUUAUUCUAUUUUCUUUCAAUUCAUAUGGCCACAAGGGGGCAGUUUUUCCUUCAACGAUGUGUGUGGGAUAGAGUAAUGGUAGAGAGGGCAGAGAUCAGUUUACCUCCACCAUUCCCCCAGAGCCCAUUGCCUAGACAACAUUACUCAUGCUCAAGCAGCUUUGUGUGGAGUAUUCAUGCUUAUCGAGCUACUUAAUGACGAGGAAGCAUUUAAAACUAACAGUAUUUUUUUAGUGUUUGGUGGCUAAAUGAUAUGGAUUUUCAACUGCUGUCUAUUACAGCAUAAAGAUUCCUCUGAGAGUGGAGCAAAAAAAAAGUAUGAUGAAUUUGGAGAUGGCUCACACUUAACGCUAAUUAUACACCCACAUAUUUCAUCAUUGUCCCAGCGUUUAUUAGGCAUAGUGAUGAAUUAGGAAAUUACUUUGAGAUCACACCCCACCCAUGAUCAUACACAGUGCUGUGACCGGGCACCUUGUCUAGCUCAUCAUUAUUUAUCCCUUUGUCUCUGCUCGUGAGACGCCUUAUUUCAUAUUCGGUUUGCUCGUCUCGAACAAUGCACCUGCUCUCUUCACGGCAGUAGUAGCUGGAAGGAUGAUUCGCAGUCUGUCCAACUCGAUUUACCCUCCAUUCCAGGCUGCAUGCUCUGAUCCCUGCAUGGGCUCAAUUAAAACCCUUCUUCUGCCCUUUGGCUCAUACGUUGCAGCAGCAGCAAUUCAACAUGUGAGAGGUCUCCAUUUAUGCACCUCUUAGGACUUUUUUUGAUCUGAGACAAUUUAAUUUUAAUGGGCCAAGCUUAAAGAAUUCCCACCCACCUCUUUUCUCAUAAUCCUACCAAAAAAGGGAGAAAUUAUGUCAGCCUUAUUUUCACUUGGCUGCAUGACGCUCUCUCUAGAGGAUACAGUCUUUAACUCUUUGCGAGUCUCCACAGAUGUCUCUGCUCCAACAUGUUUUAUAAAGUAGUAGACGUUUGAAGCAGAAUUAUGUCCAAGGGCUCAUAACACACUUUUUCCAGAUUGUCAAGAUCAUCUCUAAGGAUUUUUUGCAACAAUCUGAGUAUCUCAAAAUUUGUUGUAUUUGAUUUUAAUCCCAGCAGCAGACCCCAGUGCCAAACAAUUCAGCAGAGAAAUGCACUAAAUAGAUUAAACCAUCUGAUUAAAUCAUUUGUCGUCAUAAUUUGCUGUGCCGACCCCUGAAAGAGAAAAGCCGUAAGAAAAAGGAGUCACAACUUUCCAUAUAAAAUUGUGUUUUUUUAUUAUAUUUGUUUGCAAAUUGAGACACUAGCUGAAGUUGUUAAUUUAAAGUGAUCAUGAGCCAAUUUUCAUCAGAAUGGCUUUAAAUUAUUAUCAUCACAUCUAACCACAACGUGUACCAGUCACAAGUAGGAUAACUAGAAGAAUUUAAUUUACAGUAGCUACAAUGUGACUACAAGUUUCAAAGUGACAAAUCAACAGUUCAUUAUUGGCUGUUGAUGAACCUCUGAUUUUUCCAAGUCGGAAUUGCAGCUUUUUUGUUUCUGCUGUUUUAGUUGAUUUUUCUUUACUUGAUUUGACACUAUUUGAUUUUAAGGCAUCAAGUUUCAAGAAUUACCACCUUCCUCUGAGCUGUGCAGAAAAAUCUGCAGAGCUCAUUUUUUUAUUGGCUGUAUAAAACUCACUCUAGAAGAUUAUCUUUACCUCUUUGUGAAGCUCCACAGAUUAAGUUGUUUGAACAGAUUUUACAAAGUAGGUGAAACAGUUAAAGGAGAAUAAUUUUGAAAAGCUUGUUCCAAAUCAUUGAGGUAAUCUGUAGACGGACUUAAUCUAAGGCUCAGAGUAUCGCAAUUGUAGUUUCACUUCAUUCUAAUUUCAGCAGCACCACAGACUUAUUUUCUUUUCUAAUUAUGUCUUACACAUAAAAUCAAGUUGAUAUUUCCUGUGUUCAUUUACAGUUAAGCACAUUAUUUAUAUAUCUGGUAUGUUUAGAUUUAAAAUAAGAUUUAAAAUAUUUAUUCAGUCAAGAAGUUUGUUUCUGACAGAAAAUGAGACAUAGAUGUAAGCUAACAAAAUAAUGUACCAGAAGUAUCAACUUCUAAAAAAAAUAAUUCCA